GUCCAAAUUAUUUGGUUCCUGUGACCAUCGCUGAGAGUUAAAAAAAAAAAAAAAAAAAAAAAAAAAGUCUUUUAUCCUCCAUAAAACAAUGAGUGUGGCUGUUCCCCUCCAGGAGUUAGAGUAAAGUUUAAUAUCCAGGCUUGCAUGAAAACGAGGAUUUACCAGGUUUACUGGAGUUAGAAGUUAGCAGGAAGUUGGCUCGCUCCAUGUUUCAAUUUACUGCUGUAUUUUUUCUGGCUCAUCUAGCUUUAAUGCAGCCGUUCAGAUCAACCGCGUAAUUUCACAGGAUCAAUUUGCAGCAUUAAUAUUUUUCAGACCAAAUUAAAUUUUUCAGAUUUUUCACACGGGAAUAAAACGGAUCUGACCAAUUGGAUCACUGCAUUUGGUAACGAGUGUGGUCAGAGCUGAAACGCACACCGGUACUGAAUCAUCAGUGAUUUGGAAACGGUCAGAUAAUCCCGUGUGACCUCAGACUCACAGCUAGCUGCUGCUCCGGGUCAGUCGGCUCCCUGAAAUGAUUCCUCUGCCUCCUCAGAUGUGGUCCCAACUCUGCUGAUUCCUGAAACGUGCACGAAAGCAUCGACUCAGGGAUCGAACCAGAAAAUCGUCCCUCCUGCUGCUGCUCCUCAGAGUCAGAUGAUCCAGAAUCUCCGUUUCUUCCUUUUCUGGUUCAGAAACAUCAGGAACAGUUCAUCAUCACUUCAUGUUGACUUCAUUUUUUCCACAAUUUUUUUUUAGUUUUUUGGAGCAGUUCACAUAAAUCCAUUUUCGUGUCAUAUUUUCACAACUCGCUCGGUGUGUAACGGUGUGUUCACACCGAACGCGAUAGAGGCGGCCAGAGCGUCAGGUUUACAUGUAAAGUCAAUGGAAAAGCGCGAUGAUACGCGAUUGCGCGUCUGGCGAAAAUUCGGAAGCAGAUUUGCAUUGCGAAAACGCCAAAACUCGUGAAACGCGCGUCAGUGUCCCGCGUCUGGCGCAUUUGACUCGCGGAAAAAACCACGCGCGUGAGUUUUUGUGUUGCAUUUUGUGCAUACGCGUGUUUCGCCUCUACCGCUGGAGUUGGAAAAAUUUGAACUCCAGCGUCAAAUCGCGCCGCGGCAACCAAUCAGGAGCCUGGUGACGUGGCUGUAACCAGGUCAAAGGGGCAGAUCAAACCAAAGCCCUUCAUUCUUCAUUCAGUAUGGAGGAAAAACUCAUCAGCUCAGUGGCUAAUCGUCCAGAACUAUACGAUGCUAGCUGCUACUUCUACCGGGACAGGAAUAAAAAGGACCUAGCUUGGAGGCACAUAAGUGAGGAGAUCGGGCAACCUGAGGACAUCUGCAGGAAAAAGUGGGAGAGCCUCAGGGACACGUAUAAUAAGGAGAAGAGGACAUGGAAGGAGAAGAGGAGUGGGUCUGCAGCAGGAUCGGGGAGGAGAUGGAAAUUUUACGCGGUCAUGGGGUUUCUGGACCCCUUCCUCACCCCGCGGGACACUAGCGGCAAUAUGGUGCAGACCGUGGGGAACUUCGCCCCCGAGGACGAGGGACAGCUCGGAGAGGCAGCAGGGGAGUUUCAGUCUGAAGAGUCAACUGAUUAUGCAGCAGAGCCAUCCCCUGAUGCUUCUUCUGGCUCCCCAGUCCCUGGUCCCUCCACUCCUGCUGCUGCACCCACAGGCCCACAGAGGAGGACAGCUCAAAAGCGGUCGAGGGACGGGUACCAGGAUGGUCCAUCGGUGGUGGAGCUGGCCAUCCUGGAGUCACUGAAGAGGCCACGCCCGUCUCCAACGGAGUAUUUCCUCCUUGGCCUUGCUCCUGCUCUGGAGAGCCUGCCGCCUCAGACACGAGAAUUCGUGAAAUUCCAAAUGCACAAAUUAGUUUUUGAAAGCAGCACAGCUGUGUUAAAUUUUGAAACAUUGGACCCUAGCGAUCAGUAGUUUUCUGAUGAGGCAGCAGGCUCUCCAGGGCAGAAACAAUGUUCUUAUUUUUCUCCUCAUUCUCCCUGAGGCUCUUCCACUCCAAGCUGGGUCCUUUUUGUUCCUGUCUUUCUGUAAAUAGUUAAAUUUUAUAUAUUU